AUGGUUUCUGCAUCUUCCCUCCUCCUUGCUGCAUCAGCUAUCGCUGGUGUCUUCUCCGCUCCAGCCGCAGCACCUGUCAGUGAGAACUUGAACGUUUUGCAACAAAGAGCAUUGACUUCUUCUGCUACCGGUACUAGUGGUGGGUACUACUACUCCUUCUGGACCGAUGGAAGUGGUGGUGUUACAUACGCCAAUGGAGCCGCUGGCCAAUAUGCCGUAAGCUGGACUGGUAACAAGGGAAACUUUGUCGGUGGAAAGGGAUGGUCGGUUGGUUCCGAGCGAUCCAUCUCCUACUCCGGAUCCUACAACCCCGUUGGAAACUCCUACCUCUCCGUCUACGGUUGGACCACCUCUCCCCUCAUUGAAUACUACAUCGUCGAAGACUUCGGUACCUACGAUCCUUCCUCGGCCGCCACCGAAAUCGGCAGCGUCACCUCGGACGGUUCCACCUACAAGAUCCUCGAGACCACCCGUGUAAACCAACCUUCCGUGCAAGGAACUGCUACCUUCAAGCAAUACUGGUCUGUUCGUACCAGCAAGCGUACCAGCGGUACCGUCACCACUGCAAACCAUUUUGCUGCCUGGAAGAAUUUGGGAUUGACUCUCGGCUCCACUUACAACUACCAAAUUGUUGCUGUUGAGGGUUACCAAAGCAGUGGUUCCGCUUCCAUCACUGUUUCUUAA